UGACGUCAGACCGUCUGCCUGCCUCCGACCGCGGUCUCGGAGCGAAACCCGAUCUCCUUGGACUUGAAUGAGGAGGAGGCGGCGGCGGCGGCGGCGGAGGCGCUCGGCUGCGGGAAGCCAGCAGCGGAGGCUCAGCCCAGGCGGCAGCGCGCGCCCCGGCUGCCGGCCCAUUUCCCGGACGCCACCCGCGGGCACUGCCGACGCCCCCGGGGCUGCCGAGGGGCGGCCGGGGGGCACAGAGGAGCGCGGCCCCGCGCACUGAGUCCCGCGGCGCCCCGGGAACUUGGCGGCGCCCCGAGCCCGGCGAGCCGGGGUGCGCCUUCCCCGCCGCGCGCCUCCUGCAUGCGGGGCCCGAGCGCCGGGCGCCGGCCGGAACCCCCCCCGGCCGCCCCCGUGCCCCCUGCGCCCCGCGCCGCGCCGCCGCGCCGUCCAUGCACCGCUUGAUGGGGGUCAACAGCACCGCCGCCCUCGCCGCCGGGCAGCCCAAUGUCUCCUGCACGUGCAACUGCAAACGCUCUUUGUUCCAGAGCAUGGAGAUCACAGAACUGGAGUUCGUUGAGAUCACCAUCAUCGUGGUGGUGGUGAUGGUGAUGGUGGUGGUGAUCACGUGCCUGCUGAGCCACUACAAGCUGUCUGCGCGCUCCUUCAUCGGCCGGCACGGCCAGGGCAGGAGGAGAGAAGACGCCCUCUCCUCGGAAGGAUGUCUCUGGCCCUCGGAGAGCACCGUGUCGGGCAACGGAAUCCCAGAGCCGCAGGUCUAUGCUCCUCCGAGGCCCACCGACCGCCUGGCCGUGCCCCCCUUCACCCAGCGGGACCGCUGCCUCCGCUUCCAGCCCACCUACCCGUACCUGCAGCACGAAAUCGACCUGCCGCCCACCAUCUCGCUGUCGGACGGGGAGGAGCCCCCGCCCUACCAGGGCCCCUGCACCCUCCAGCUGCGAGACCCCGAGCAGCAGCUGGAGCUGAACCGGGAGUCCGUGCGCGCGCCCCCGAACAGAACCAUCUUCGACAGCGACCUGAUGGACAGUGCCAUGUUGGGCGGCCCCUGCCCCCCCAGCAGUAACUCGGGCAUCAGCGCCACGUGCUACGGGGGCGGCGGGCGCAUGGAGGGGCCGCCCCCCACCUACAGCGAGGUCAUCGGGCACUACCCCGGGUCCCCCUCGUUCCAGCACCAGCAGAGCAGCGGGCCGCCCUCCUUGCUGGAGGGGACCCGGCUCCCCCACGCACACCUCGCCCCGCUGGAGAGCUCACCCGCCUGGAGCAAAGAGAAAGAUAAACAGAAAGGACACCCUCUCUAGGAAUCCCGGGGCCGGGGCCGGGCAGCAGUGAGUAUAGGAAAAAAAAGAAAAAACAGAAAGGCAAAACACUCCGCACUUCCGAAACCAGAAUUCAGAGGAGGACCGGGCGGCACCCAGAAAAUGUGGCGCGUAUCCAUCCUUUCCCCCUCUCUCUGUGUAUAAAUAUUUACAUGUUCUGUCUGGUCUGAAUGCACAAGCUAAGAAAGCUUGCAAAAACAAAACAAAACAAAAAAACAACCACGUUUCUUUGUUGAGCUGUGUCUUGAAGGCAAAAGAGAAAAAAGAAAAAAAAAAAGAAAAACCUACCCUAGUCUUUUCUGUUCCUAGUUGAGCUGCGUGCGUGAAUGCGUAUUUCCUUUCGUUUGUUUAUGAUGAUUUCACUUAACUUUAAAGACCUAUUUGCACAAAACCUUUGUUUAAAGAUCUGCAAUAUUAUAUAUAUAAAUAUAUAUAAAAUAAGAGAAGUAUUGUGAGGGCAGGAGUAUUUUUGUAUUAGAAGAGGCCUAUUAAAAAAAAACAAAGUUGUUUUCUGAACUAGAAGAGAAAAAAAAGGCAAUUUUUGAGUGCCAGGUCAGAAAGCGCGUAUUACCUUGUAAAGAAGAAGAAGAAGAAGAAAAGAAAAAAACUACAAAGCAGGGGUUUAGAGUUAUUUAUAUAAAUGUUGAGCUUUUGCACUAUUUUUUAAUAUAACUAUGUCAGUGCUUGUUUGAUGGAAACUUCUAUCGUGUCUGUCGAGACUUUUAAGGGAGAAGCGGUGGAAUUUGGCAGCGGCCGUCUGGCAGAGGGCGGGCUCUGCACGGAGUUGGGGGAGGCUUCCGGAGGGGGCGCUCUUCCUGCGUAAGUGGAAGCUUCUGUCUAGCGGUCGGUUGUUACCGCCUCAUACAUUCCCCACCGGAGGAGACGCAUUUCCCCCUCUGGGCCGGCACAGCCUUUGGAUGGCAGACGAGACGGGGAAAUCGGUCACCCAGUGCCAGGGUGGUGGCUUUGCCUUGCCCCAGAUGAAAAUAAACUGUUCCUGAAGGAUCUUAGUUUUUCCUCCUGUUUUUUAAGCAUGAGCCCCCUCCCCCUCCCCCAGGAAGGGGCUGAGGCGCCCCCUUUGCCGCCGCUGCCACUGCGGCUCCCGGAGCACGUUGCCGGGACCCGCCGGAGAGGUUGGGGUGGCUGCUCUCCGUGCGGACGAUCCGGCGGGUCCAGGACUUCUCAGCUGAGGGUGGCGGAGGCCACCGGCAGAUUGGAAAGGCCCCCGAGGAAUUCGACCUCAUCCCUGGCUUUCUCUUUACGUAGCAAUUCUCACCGAACAGGCCAACAAACGGGACACCAGAGAGAAAAAGUGACACGCGCAGGUGUCUCCCAGGACGCGACAGAGGGUUAACGCGAAGAGAAACAGCACCGACAACGGGGAAACCGGCGUAAACCUGUGCUUUAUGUUUUCAAAUCAGAAUUGAAUUCUUUACCUCCUCUCCCACACGUCCAUUCCUCUCCCCGUGGAAACAGUCGUGUUUGGCGUGUCCGUGUGUCUGUGUUUUCCCAGCAUCUGUAUCAGAUACGAGUCUCGUUUGCCAGGAUUUUGCCGAGUGGAUUUCGGGUGGCCUGUGCAGGCGAGGGCGCGUGAGUGGGCACACGUGUGUGACAGUGGCAGGCCGGCCAGCGGUGGGGGGGGGGCGCCCCUUGGGAUCUACUGGUUCACAUUCCAGGGGGUGACCCCCCCCCCACGCGCCCCCCCCCCCCGUCGCAUAUGGGCAAUAACUUGUUUCUAAGCAACUUUUUUAUUACUUAAACACCUGAGAACAGUUUUGAAGUUCUGACCAUUUGAACUCUAUUUAUAUACACAUUUUAAGAGCGUGGUGACCAACAGAUAAACGCGGACUCUGGGCGUUCGCUGCUGACCAGCCUGGCAGAAGGUUCUUGUACUUUGACAAUAAAAAGCUGCCUCUCCGUGGGGUCCUCGGCCUAAACUUCGCUCCUCUCUCAGAGAGGAUGCUUUUCGCAAGUCGUGCUGAGAACUCGGUGUAAUUUGUCCUAAAAGGUACAGGGACACGUUUAUAGAUUAAAAAAAACAACAACAACAACAAAACAAAACAAAAAUUUUUUAAGCUGUAACUUUCCUUUCCGUGAAGAGUCAGUCUCCCUAGUGCCUUACUGAGGAAGCAGUGUCCUCUCGUCACCGGUUGGGGGGCAUCCCUGGGCAGUGUCUCCGUCACCCCCCCCCCCCCCCCCCCGGGGACUGGCCUUUCCACUCGAGGGCUGCGGCUGCUUCUCGAACACCCCCAUAGCCCUCUCGGUGCCGGGUCCCGCCCGCCCUCCCACCGUGGAGGCGCCUGGCCCAGCCAGGCGACCCCCUCCUGCCCCUCCUUCUUGUCACCUACUGGGUCCAGUCCUGUGCCACCUCCCGGGCGGGUUGUGAGCCCGGACGCCGACCUCGUCUGCCUGGGCAACGUCGGGCCCAGGCGUGGCCCGGGUCUCGGCGUGGAUCCUGUUGCCUGGCGGUGUGUGUGGUCUGUGUGGGAGGAAGCAGGAGGGUGGGCUCCUGACCUCAGCGGGCUUGAGGGCAGAGCGCGUCUCCGCGAUCACAUCCCGGGACCGCUGGGCCGCAGGGCCCCAGGGUUUCGUGCCCAGCACAGGCCCCUUGCAGAGGCUCCCGGCAGAGAGGCCGGGCGAAGUCGGGGCGCAUCCCGAGAAAACCAGGGGGUGGGGAGUGUUUCUGGAAACUGCUAGCACUAAGCUCUUGGUCUCUGGGGGUGCACUCGUUCUCUCCAGAUGCUGGCCGCCAUGCCGUUGUCGCUGAAAAGGCUCUGAGCACCCCUCGGGAGGCCCCCUUUUGCCAGUAAAAAGUUUGGGGUCCUCGGCAGUGGCUGGUUGGAGGGGGACCGGGUGGGGCUUUCUCUUGUCCUCGUUUGCCUGCUUCUCAACCGCAUUUCCUCCCGAGGAAGAGCAUCCCCCCCCCCCCCCAAGCCCGGGUCUCCGCAGGCCGACUCAGCAGGGGCCCUAAGAGCCACCCGUGUCCCCCACAAAGUGUUCUUUGCAAGGAGCUGAGACUCCCCUCGCCCCCCACGUCUAGUGAACACCGGGCCAGGGCCAGAACCGAGUCUGUCCCCUGUCCUUGUCUCCGCUGUGAAUGGUAUGUUUCCGAAAUUGUUUCCUACGUGCCCACAAAGCUUCCAGAUCCAUACGACAUCCCAGCGAUCAGGAAAACUGCAAGUGUCGUUUUGUUUUGUUCUGUUUGUCCCGGAAGCCGCGCUUCGGAUUUUGCUGUACUAUAGAGCCUAGAAGGACACGCCUUCUCGUUUGCCUGCCCGAUUCACGUUGCGUUCUUGGCGUUGAAGCCGCUCUCCUCUGCAGCCCUGUUUCCCGAGUUCUGUUCGAGUUAAACUCAUGUAAAUUCCCCGUGGCACGCUGGGUGCGGCGCCCACGUUGCUGCCACGUGAGACUCUGUAUUUGGAUGCCAAUCCACGGGCCUGAUGAAAUCGCUUCUUGUGUAUCAAUAAUCAUUAGUGGCAAUGAUGACUUUCUGAAAAGCUGCAAUACUUAUACAAUAAAUUUUACAAUUCUUUGGAA